CCCACAUCCGAUGAGCUGACCUGAAAUCAAAGUGAAGGGUUUGGAUUUUCAAAAUCAGAAAUGAAAGCAUUCGCAUUAUCACCACCAUCACUCCUUAACUUCAAAUCUUUCACAUUCCACCACUCUUCUUCUUCCAACCCCCUUUUCCCCCUCUCUUUUAUUCUCCCCUCUCUCUCCCCCUCCCAUCUCCGCCACCGCCGCCCAAUCCACCGCCACUCUCCAAUCAUGGCCGCCGCUUCAUUCAACUCCGAACGCGCCCGGGCCCCACCCGCCAUUCCCAUGCCCUCUCCCCCUCUGUCCAAGUUCAAAAUUGGUCUCUGUCAACUCUCCGUCACUCCCGACAAAGAUAGGAACAUCUCCCACGCGCGCUCCGCCAUUCAGGACGCUGCAUCCAAGGGCGCUCAGCUUGUUCUUUUGCCUGAAAUUUGGAACAGUCCUUAUUCCAAUGACAGUUUCCCUGUCUACGCUGAGGAUAUUGACGCCGGUGCCGAUGCUUCUCCUUCCACCGCCAUGCUCUCUGAACUCUCUCGUCUCUUGAAAAUCACCAUCGUCGGUGGUUCCAUACCGGAACUUUCUGGGGGUCGCUUGUACAACACUUGUUGCGUUUUCGGGACUGAUGGGAAGCUGCUCGCCAAGCACCGCAAGAUACAUCUUUUUGAUAUUGACAUCCCUGGGAAGAUUACAUUUAUCGAGUCAAAAACUCUUACUGCUGGGGAGACUCCGACGAUUGUUGACACAGAGGUUGGACGCAUUGGUAUAGGCAUUUGUUAUGACAUUCGGUUUCCAGAACUAGCAAUGAUAUAUGCUGCUAGAGGUGCUCAUUUACUCUGCUAUCCUGGGGCAUUUAACAUGACAACCGGACCAUUACAUUGGGAGUUAUUGCAGAGGGCAAGGGCUACAGAUAAUCAGUUGUAUGUGGCUACCUGUUCGCCUGCUCGGGAUACAGGAUCUGGUUAUGUGGCCUGGGGCCACUCUACUCUUGUAGGGCCAUUUGGAGAAGUUCUGGCUACUACAGAACACGACGAGGCUAUCAUCAUUGCAGAAAUUGAUUAUUCAAUAUUGGAGCAGAGAAGGACAAAUCUCCCUAUAACUAAGCAAAGACGAGGUGAUCUUUACCAGUUGGUCGAUUUUCAGAGGCUGAAUUCCCUGUGAGUGGAAGCAGUGCCAUUGUAAUUUAGACAUCUGGAUUACCUUGUACGAGGCAUUCGCUUGCUUGUGGAAUCCGAACCUGAAGGGAAGAAAUAAAGGAAUUUGUGCGUUUCCAAUAACUUGUUUUGUUGUUAGUGCUAUCAUUUCUACUAACAUCUCUCAAUUUUGGGUUCACAUUGUGAUGUCUUAAUGAUAAUAAGUGGCUCCAGAUUGAUAUCUAUGUAAUGCAGAUCUGGCUGUGGAUUGGUUGUAGCCGUUGCCCUAAUAUAAAAUCAAUGGAUUUAAGUUUCCAAGAAAAAUUA